UUGCUUGAAAUCGGUAAUUGUAGUCUCAAGUUCGAAGAAUUAUCCGAAGACGCAAAGAAAUUGAUCAAAGAACCAGAGAAAGAAGGAUUGUUUGUUUUUGUCAUAGGAACAAAGAUUAAAUACAGCGGAAUGAUUUCUAAAUAUAACUCUGCUCUUCACGCCAAGAAAGGAAGCAUUCCUUUCGAAGUUGGAAGGCUUGAAGAGUAUUUUUCAGAAUUAAAGACAGAAUAA